AAAUUGAUUUUACGGAGCUAACGCUGGAGGAGAUUAUUGGCAUCGGGGGCUUUGGGAAGGUCUAUCGUGCUUUCUGGAUAGGGGAUGAGGUUGCCGUGAAAGCAGCUCGCCAUGACCCCGAUGAGGACAUCAGCCAGACCAUAGAGAAUGUUCGCCAAGAGGCCAAGCUCUUCGCCAUGCUGAAGCACCCCAACAUCAUUGCCCUCAGGGGUGUGUGUCUGAAGGAACCCAACCUCUGCUUGGUCAUGGAGUUUGCCCGUGGAGGGCCUUUGAAUAGAGUGCUAUCUGGGAAAAGGAUUCCCCCAGACAUCCUGGUGAACUGGGCUGUGCAGAUUGCCAGAGGGAUGAACUACUUACACGAUGAGGCAAUUGUCCCCAUCAUCCACCGCGACCUUAAGUCCAGCAACAUAUUGAUCCUCCAGAAGGUGGAGAAUGGAGACCUGAGCAACAAGAUUCUGAAGAUCACUGAUUUUGGCCUGGCUCGGGAAUGGCACCGAACCACCAAGAUGAGUGCGGCAGGCACAUAUGCUUGGAUGGCACCUGAAGUCAUUCGCGCCUCCAUGUUUUCCAAAGGCAGUGAUGUGUGGAGCUAUGGGGUGUUGCUUUGGGAGCUGCUGACCGGCGAGGUGCCCUUCCGAGGCAUUGAUGGCUUAGCGGUAGCUUAUGGAGUGGCCAUGAACAAACUCGCCCUUCCUAUUCCUUCCACUUGCCCUGAACCUUUUGCCAAACUCAUGGAAGACUGCUGGAAUCCUGACCCCCAUUCACGACCAUCUUUCACGAGUAUCCUGGACCAGCUGACUACCAUAGAGGAGUCUGGUUUCUUUGAAAUGCCCAAGGACUCCUUCCACUGCCUGCAGGAUGACUGGAAACAUGAGAUUCAGGAGAUGUUUGACCAACUCAGGGCCAAAGAAAAGGAGCUGCGCACCUGGGAGGAGGAGCUGACGCGGGCUGCGCUGCAGCAGAAGAACCAGGAGGAGCUGCUGCGGCGUCGGGAGCAGGAGCUGGCGGAGCGGGAGAUCGACAUCCUGGAACGAGAGCUCAACAUCAUCAUCCACCAGCUGUGCCAGGAGAAGCCCCGGGUGAAGAAACGCAAGGGCAAGUUCAGGAAGAGCCGGCUGAAGCUCAAGGAUGGCAACCGCAUCAGCCUCCCCUCCGAUUUCCAGCACAAGUUCACGGUGCAGGCCUCCCCCACCAUGGAUAAAAGGAAGAGCCUUAUCAACAGCCGUGCCAGUCCUCCUGCAAGCCCCACCAUCAUUCCUCGCCUUCGAGCCAUCCAGUUGACACCAGGUGAAAGCAGCAAAACCUGGGGCCGGAGCUCAGUCAUCCCGAAGGAGGAAGGGGAGGAGGAGGAGAGGAGAGCUUCAAAGAAGAAGGGACGGACGUGGGGGCCAGGGACACUUGGUCAGAAGGAGUUUGCCUCAGGAGAUGAAGGAUCCCCUCAGAGACGUGAGAAAGCUAAUGGUCUAAGUACCCCAUCAGAGUCUCCACAUUUCCACUUGGGCCUCAAGUCCCUGGUAGAUGGAUACAAACAGUGGUCGUCCAGUGCCCCCAACCUGGGGAAGGGCCCGAGGAGUAGCCCGGCCUUGCCAGGGUUCACCAGCCUUACAGAGAUGGAGGAUGAGGACAGUGAAGGCCCAAGGAGUGCGGACAGUCGUCUACAGCAUUCACCCAACCAAUCCUACCUCUGUAUCCCAUUUCCUCGUGGAGAGGAUGUGGAUGGCCCCGCCAGUGAUGGAGUCCAUGAGGAGCCCACCCCAGUCAACUCAGCCACCAGUACCCCUCAGCUGACGCCAACCAACAGCCUCAAACGGGGCGGUACCCCCCACCGCCGCUGCGAGGCAGCUCUGCUCGGCUGCGGGGCUGUUCUCGCAGCCACAGGCCUCGGGUUUGACUUGCUGGAAGCUGGCAAGUGCCAGCUGCUUCCCCCAGAGGAGCCUGAGCCACCAGCCCGGGAGGAGAAGAAGAGGCGUGAGGGUCUUUUCCUGAGGGCCAGCCGUCCUCGUCGAAGCACUAGCCCCCCAUCCCGAAAGCUCUUCAAAAAGGAAGAGCCCAUGCUGUUGCUGGGAGACCCCUCCGCCUCCCUGACACUGCUGUCUCUCUCCUCCAUCUCUGAGUGCAACUCCACCCGCUCCCUGCUGCGCUCCGACAGUGAUGAGAUCGUGGUGUAUGAGAUGCCCGUCAGCCCCGUCGAGGCCCCAGCCCUGGCCCCAUGCACCCACAACCCCCUAGUCAACAUCCGAGUGGAACGUUUCAAGCGAGACCCUAACCAGUCUCUCACUCCCACCCAUGUCACCCUCACGGCCCCAACGCAGCCGAGUGGUCACCGGCGGACUCCUUCCGAUGGGGCCCUUAAGCCAGCGGCUCCCCUAGCCAGCAGGAGCCCCUCCAGCAAUGGGCUGAGCCCCAGUCCUGGAGCAGGAAUGUUGAAAACCCCCAGUCCUAGCCGAGACCCUGGUGAAUUCCCCCGUCUGCCUGACCCCAAUGUGGUCUUUCCCCCAACCCCAAGGCGCUGGAACACACAGCAGGACUCUACCUUGGAGAGACCCAAGACCCUGGAGUUUCUGCCCCGGCCACGUCCUUCUGCCAACCGGCAACGGCUGGACCCUUGGUGGUUUGUGUCCCCCAGCCAUGCCCGCAGCGCCUCCCCAGCCAACAGCUCUAGCACAGAGACACCCAGCAACCUGGACUCCUGCUUUGCUAGCAGCAGCAGCACUGUGGAGGAGCGACCUGGACUCCCAGCCCUGCUCCCAUUCCAGGCAGGGCCACUGCCCCCUGCUGAGCGGACGCUUCUGGACCUGGAUGCAGAGGGGCAGAGUCAGGACAGCACUGUGCCAUUGUGCAGAGCUGAACUGAGCACACACAGGCCUGCCCCUUAUGAGAUCCAGCAAGAAUUCUGGUCUUAGCAUGAAAAGGGUCGGGGGUGGGCAAGGGGGAUGCAGGAGGAGAUGGGGGGAGCUGGCUGGCACAGCCUUUCUCAGAGUUGGGCCCCCUGAGAUCCAGCCCUACUUCUUGCACUGAUAAUGCACUUUGAAGAUGGAGGGGAUGGAAGCAGGGCCACUUUAGAGGGUUGCAUGCCCCGCAGGGCCUUUCUCCUCAUGUCCACUGGAGGGGCUGUGGCCAACAGCUCUGGCUGUGUAGGGGAUGUAGGGGUCCAUGCAUGUCCCCCACCCUCCAUGGUCCUCCUUGCCUUUAGGGUGACCCUGCAGAGUCACUCAGCCAAAUCUGUUGCUCCCUCUCCUUAGCCAGUUGGGUAUGCCCAGAGCUGUCCUGGGGUCCUUUGUUAGCUCCGAGUUCAACCUCCCCAGACACCAGUAUUGGGUGUUCUGUGAUUGAUUUUGCUCCUCUUCCACUCUCCCCCAACACCCAUGAAUCAGAAUCUUGUUUGGUGUGAAAUAUGAGCUUUUCUGUGUCCUAAGCCCUUUCAUGCCAGCUGUAAGACUGAAGACAGGGGGGCCCAGUGUGGGAGGAUUGGGGGCAUAGGGUUCGAUGGACCUGGCACUACCUACAUGCACUUCCAGGUGCCUCACCUAUUUACUUGAUCCUGUGGGUGGUCAGGGGAACUGCCUCAAUAGCAUUGGCGGGGAGGGGAAGGGGUUAGGAAAAACAGUCAAGUUGCAGUGAAGAGGGUAACAGAGUCUCCUUGUCCCUUUUGGAAACAAAGAAGGGCAGAAACCAGCACCUCUUGAAGCCACCCAUUUACCUACCUGGGGUCAGAACAUGGUCACACCAGGUUCUGAUACAAACAUGCUCUUCCCAGGAAUAGUUUCUUGGGAAACUCAUCAUUGGUGCCAGUUCUGAAGUCAAAGUUCCUGUGUGUGUCCUUUUGCUGUCUGAUCUUUCUGUGUUAUUCUCCUCCCUCAGUGUUCCCUCCAGUCCCUGGAAUGAGUGGGCUAUGUGUUUGGUUAGUAGAUGUCUGCAGUGCACCUGAAUAGCAUAAGGGGGUGCAUCCUGGAUACUGGGAGUAGGAACUGUGGGGAUCCCUUCUCAGCCAGGCCAUCCAUUCUGUGAUGCCCUUGAAGUAAAAUGGAGCCAUUGGUAGGACCUUCUGUACAUGGAUGUGGCAAAGUGAUGCUGGUUGUAAGGCACUCAGUGAGCCACUGAUGUACAGUGACCUCAUGUCCCAAGCACUGGAAACUGACCAAGGCCUCCUGUUGUUUCUGUGUGUGGGUGGCCCUAAUGCUGGGCUCUGGACCACAAGCUGGGUAGGAGGGACAGCAGAGGCCACGCCUGACUUUUCUGGAAUUUGUUCCCUUAAUUUGAAUGUUGAGCUUCUCCUGAAGCUUUCUCAUGUAUAUCUUUAUAUUUCACUUACUCUGAGGCCUCCUGUGUUAUGUGUGAACAGUACUUUGUGUGGGAAUAACAACUUGAUUGGGAGUAGGGUCUUUAGGUCUUUGCUCCUCUUCCCUCAAGACUCUGUCGUUCCACUGUCUUUUGUCAUGGAAUACUUCUCUGGAGACAUUGCAGGCUAAUCUGUAGGUUCCCUGAGUUUGUUGCCUGGGUACCAGAAUGGGAAGAGAGGUGUAGCUGGCACAAGUGAUGAAUCUGGGCACUUUCACAGAUUUGUUCUCUGCAACUAGGAUAGAAAGUCCUGCCCUGGGGAUGGCUGAAGGUUCCAUGCAUUAUGAGCCCGUUAGCACUUGGGUUCAAGGGCCCCACCAAGUCCUGGAUGUGGAGGUGCUGUUGGUUUUGCUGCACAGGGUUUUGUCAUUGCAUCUCAUCUC